GGUUAUGAUCUUUUAGCGGGAAUGGUGUGAAAAAUUAAUUUGAAAAUAAUCAUAAGAAAUUAUUGAAAUAAUAAAAAACAGAAAUGGACGAUUAUCCAAAUCCAGAUGAAGAAUUUGAAUUAAUGUAUGGCGAUGAACUAGAUAUAUUGAGGGAACAAGAAGAUGAAUAUUACCAACCUCCCUCUAAAACUAGAAGAAGCCUAGAUUUUUCUUCUACAGCUACAGAAAAGCAGCCACCAGCUACUAAUUCCCAGAGCGUUGAAACAUUCGAAAAAGAAUUUCCCACCCUUUCAUCUCUAGCUCACUCUUCGGAAAUUUCCUCAGUUUCUAACACUGAAGAAAUUAUACAGUCAUUGGGUACCAGUUCCCAAAUAAUUUCCUCAUCUUCCCAUAAUGUUGAGCCUUCCAGCAGUAGAAAGAGAACAGUAGAGGAACUAUUUGGAGACAUCAACGAUUUAGGUGAUGACAUUUUAUUGGAUGAUCAGCCUUUCAUUAAAAAAUCAAAGAGAAGCGAGGAAGAAGAACUAGAGGCUCUUAUGGAACAGAUAAUUGAACUGAGGAGAUUGAAUAAGGAAAAAAAUAAUAUUAUCGGUGUCCGAACAAAUUCAGCUACUUUUAACAGACAACGUGAUAUGAAUAAUAUUUCUUUUAGAGUACCAAAAUACCCGUUCAUUGGUGUGAAAAGGUUUGAUGGUGAAAGAGUAUAUGUGAGAUUCCAUUCAGAGGAAUAUGAGAAGGAAGAGAUCCAGAGAAUUGUUAAAGAAUGUUCUACGAAGAGUGUGAUGGAUGAUAGUUCUAAACAGAUGUGGGAGGAUGCUAGAGCUUUGAUAGAAAAACAAGUAGUGUUAGCCUCACAAGAAACAGAUAGGAAUGAUGUUAUGAUGGUGGAGGGAAAAACAGAUGAUCAUCAACAACUUUGGACUGACUUAUACAAGCCUCGUAAAUAUGUAGAACUAUUGAGUGAUGAAAGUACAAACAGAAUUAUGUUGAAGUGGUUGAAACUUUGGGAUAAGGUUGUCUUUAAUAGAAAACCAAAAAUUCAUCCAAUCAAACCAGAUGACACAAAAAGUAAAUUCAACAUGGAGAAAGAACUCAAUAGGAGUCUUGAUGAACAUGGAAGACCUCAUCAUAAAGUGGCUUUAUUAUGUGGACCUCCUGGUUUAGGUAAAACAACUUUAGCUCACGUGGCAGCGAAGCAUGCAGGUUACAACGUCGUUGAAAUAAAUGCUUCUGAUGAUCGUAGCACCGAAGCCUUCAAAACCUCCUUGAAAAAUGCCACACAGAUGCGUUCAGUCGUAGACAGCGAAGGACGCCCAAAUUGUCUUGUCUUUGAUGAAAUAGAUGGAGCUCCUCAGGCAUCUAUAGACUUCCUUGUGAAAUUUAUAAAUGGCACAGUUAGUGCGAAAGCCAAAAAAGGAAAAGGUGCCAAACAGUUUAUCCUCAAGAGGCCUAUUAUUUGUAUUUGUAACGACGUGUAUGUACCGGCCUUGAGACCGUUGAGGCAAAUAGCUUUUGUUAUCAAUUUUCCUCAAACAUCAAGUGCUAGACUAGCAGAUAGACUGAUGUGUAUAGCAAGAAGGGAGAACAUAAAAACUGACCUGGGAGCGAUGUUGGCAUUAGCGGAAAAGGGGAACAAGGACAUAAGAUCUUGCUUGUCUGUUUUAUACUUUUUCAAAAUACAGAAGAAACCUGUUACCUUAUCUGAUGUUUACAAAUCAAAUAUUGGUCAGAAGGAUAUACAGAAAGGUCUUUUCGCAGUUUGGCAAGAAAUUUUUCGCAUCGAAAAACCCAAAUUGAAAUCUGUGACAGAUUUGAAAUCUUUGGACAGCAAACAGAUUACGAAAGAUAGAAUGUCAAAAGUUUUGCAAACUGUUUCGUCAUUUGGCGACUACGACAGGCUGUCGCAGGGAGUUUUUGAAAACUUUCCAAAGCUGAAAUUGAAAGAUCCUUCUAUGAAUGGUGUCAGCGAGGCUUUGAAUUGGUUUGUUUUCAGCGAUUUGCUCAACAAACAAAUAUACUCGUUGCAGAAUUAUAGUUUGAGUUCGUACUUGCCUUACGCUUUCGUUGUUUGGAAUUUUGUUUUUGCAACUCCUCAGAGCCAAACGUUGCAGUAUCCCAGUGUUGGGUAUGAGGCUCGACAAAAAGAAAUUCGGCAGAAAGCUUUGAUUUCUGAGGUACUUCGAGGUAUGAAACCUGGUGUGAGAGCUUUUUGCCAUCGUCUGUCUCUAAUUCUCGAUAUCCUUCCUCUUCUCUCCAGAAUCAUCGUACCUUCCUUCAGAUCUGUGAGCUUACAUCUCUAUUCAAAAGAAGAAAAAGAAAAGCUGCUGGAAGUAGUCAAGAUCAUGAUCGAUUACAAUUUGAACUACAUUCAAGAACGCCAAGCAGAAGGAAGUUAUGAAUAUAAGUUAGAACCCAACAUAGACGAAGUAGUGAUUUUUGACAAAACAAAUCCCCAUCAGAGGAAAACUCUUUCAUAUCCUAACAAACAGCUCAUAGCACGAGAAAUCGAGCUAGAAAAGAUGCGACAGUUCGAAGGUCCAAAGAACGAGGGCGAUUCUAUCAAGAAGAAAAAAGAAAAACCUGUCGAUAAGAAUCAGUUACCAAAUCAUUUGCAGAAGUUGCAAGCGAAAUCUGUGAAACCGAUGAAUUUUUUACUCCGAGGAACUUCAAGAAAAGCUCAACGUAUUGUCGUUUGA